CUACAGUCAAGCCCCGCUCAUCACCUAAACUUCAACCCCACCAUCAGCUAAGAUCGCAGCCUUGUCGCGAAGUGAAAGCUCAACCCCUCCAUCUACACUUCUUCUUCGUCUCCAACAACAACUUUCCGCCUUCCCUCUCGAACAUAACUCAAUCGCAGCGGCGCAACCUCCACAUGGGGAACUCCUUCCGAUAAACACUUCCUCACCCUCCGACCCUCACUCUGCGCCAUCUUACCACGACCGAACCAAGCACCUUCACCGUUCGAUCACCACUAGGAGCCUAACCCCGAGCAUCCUCCGUGGAACAUUUAGAUCGUAUCGGCCGACGCUCGCCAACAACCCGCUUGACGACUCGAUUUCGAUACCCUUGCAGAGCCUUGCCAACUAGCGACAAUUCCGACGCCGUCAAGAUGCCUCCACCAUCUGCUGCCCAGCAGAAGGUUCUCAUCGCCCAGUUCGUAGCUCUUACUGGUCAAUCAGAGCGACAGGCUACCCGUUACCUCAAGAAUGCCGGUUUCAAGCUCAACGAAGCUGUCGAUACGUUCUUUUCAUCCAAUGGAGACAAUAAGGGCCCGUCGCCUCUAGAGACAUCGCUAGACAAGCUAUUCUCUCAACUGCAGGACUCUAGCGAUGAAAAAGACAAACUCGAGCUCGACUCCACAAUGUCAUACCUCACUGAGAAGCUACAAGUCAACAUCGAAAAUGCCGAGCUACUUGUCGCGCUUGAACUUCUCCAGGCUCCCUCUGUGGGCGUCAUUACCAGAAAAGGUUACGUUGAUGGCUGGAAAGUGACUGGAGCUGGAACGACACAUCAAGAGCAUGCCGCCCAUCUCCGAAAACUGACCAAAUCCCUCUCUUCUGACCCGACGCUAUUCAAGAAGGUUUAUAGGCAUACCUUUGUUGCUGGUCGAGACGGCGACCAGAAAGCACUGAACCUUGAGACUGCGCUCGUUUACUGGGACAUCCUGUUUGCCCCUCCGGGAAUGGAGUGGAAGACACCAAACCGCAAUUGGUUGGAACUGUGGAAGUCCUUCCUCAAUGCCAAAUGGACUCGUUCGGUCAACAAGGACAUGUGGAACAUGACACUCGAGUUCGCUCUCAAGUCUUUAUCUGACGAGUCGCUAUCAUUUUGGAACGAGGAUGGCGCGUGGCCAAGUGUGAUUGACGACUUUGUGGAUUGGUGUCGUGAGCAGGGCAUUGGUAAGACCGAUGGCAUGGACGUUGACAACUAGGGAAGCGGCACACUCAUUGGCUCACAACACGAAACGGAGCCCAUAGAAGACAUGGACUCCUGCGACUUCGGUUCCGAUAUCCACAUACCACUGUAUACAGGCAGGGCACGUCGUUCAGGCGCCAACCGGACACACGGGAAGCGGGUUGCGUUUCUAGAAGGACGGCGUUAACCAAGAGCACCCGGACCAUCGGUGUGGUUGUAAUUGAUGACUUAUGAUAGACAUGCAGUAACAGAAUAGAACACAUUCAUGUUACCAGUCUUUCUGUGUGAUUUGUG